UUUGCUCCCAAUUACGACCCGCCAAACAGAGGAAUGAAGUCUGGCGUCGGAGGGGGGUCCCUGGCCUUGGUGAGGGGGCUCCUGCUUCUCUGCACCGCGCUUUGCCUGCGGCCAGCAAAUGGAAAAAUUUGUGGGCCAAACAUCGACAUACGCAACAGUAUGGAGCAACUGAAGCAGCUGGAGGGCUGCACAGUGGUGGAAGGAUAUCUCCAGAUUCUGUUGAUCAAUCAAGGAGAGGACUUUAGCAACUUCCGCUUCCCCAAACUCACCAUGAUCACCGAUUAUUUGUUGCUGUUCCGCGUGGCUGGCCUGGAGACCCUCAGUGACCUCUUUCCGAACCUCACGGUGAUUCGGGGCAAAAACCUUUUCUACAACUACGCGUUGGUCAUCUUUGAAAUGACCAACCUCAAGGAAAUUGGUCUGUACAACUUGAGGAACAUCACUCGGGGAGCCAUCCGGAUCGAGAAGAAUUCUGACCUCUGUUAUCUCUCCACGGUGGACUGGUCUCUGAUCCUGGAUGCUGUUUCCAACAACUACAUUAUAGGAAAUAAACCGCCAAAAGAAUGUGGGGAUUUGUGUCCAGGAACGGUAGAAGAGAAACCGCUGUGUGAGAAGACUUCCAUAAAUAAUGAAUAUAGCUUCCGCUGCUGGACUUCCAACCACUGCCAGAAAACCUGUCCCAGUUCCUGUGGCAAAUAUGCUUGUACGGACCAGAAUGAAUGCUGUCAUCCCGAAUGCUUGGGCAGCUGCACCGCCCCCAACAACAGCUCGGCCUGUGUGGCUUGUCGCAACUACCACCACGAUGGCACCUGUGUUCCUACCUGCCCACCCAACACCUACAAGUUUGAGGGCUGGCGUUGCAUCACCAAGGAGAACUGUUCCCGGAUCCCUUCCUCGGAUCUACUUGGGGAAUAUGAGAGCUUUGUGAUCCAUGAGGACGAGUGUGUACAAGAGUGCCCUCCAGGAUUUGUGCGCAACGAUACCCAAAGCAUGUUCUGCAGCCCUUGUGAGGGGCCCUGCCCCAAAGUGUGUGCAGAUGCCAAAACCAUGACCAUUGACUCCGUCACCUCGGCACAGACGCUCCAGGGAUGCACCGAAAUUAGAGGGAACCUUCUCAUCAAUAUCCGCCGUGGGAACAAUAUUGCCUCUGAGCUGGAGGAUUUCAUGGGGUUGAUAGAAACGGUGACUGGAUAUGUGAAGAUCCGGCAUUCUCAUGCUUUGGUGUCCUUGUCCUUUUUGAAGAACCUGCGAUAUAUUAAUGGAGAGGAACAACUAGAUGGGAAUUACUCGUUUUAUGUGCUGGACAACCAAAACUUGCAGCAACUGUGGGACUGGAGCCAUCAUAACCUGACCAUCAAAGAAGGGAAGAUGUACUUUGCUUUUAAUCCUAAAUUGUGCGUUUCGGAAAUUUACCAAAUGGAGGAAGUUACUGGAACCAAAGAUCGACAAAGUAAAGGCGACAUCAAUCCGAGAAACAACGGGGAAAAAGCAUCCUGUGAAAGCCACAUCCUGAAAUUUGUUUCCAACACUACAAUGAAAAAUCGGAUCAAACUGACAUGGGAACAGUAUCGGCCUAAGGAUUACAGAGAUUUGAUUAGCUUCACAGUCUAUUACAAAGAAGCAGCCUUCAAGAACGUGACAGAAUAUGACGGGCAGGACGCUUGUGGUUCUAAUAGCUGGAACAUGGUUGACGUGGACUUGCCUUCAAAUAAAGAGGACAAUCCAGGGAUUUUACUGCAGCCACUGAAACCAUGGACCCAAUAUGCAAUUUAUGUCAAAGCCGUCAUGCUCACUAUGAUGGAGAACUACCACCCUCACGGAGCGAAGAGUGAGAUUGUCUACAUCCGCACUAAAGCUGCAGUGCCAUCCAUACCUCUGGAUGUCAUCUCAGCAUCCAACUCCUCCUCACAGCUCAUUGUGAAAUGGAACCCUCCCACUUACCCCAACGGCAACCUGUCCUACUAUAUUGUGAGGUGGCAACAGCAGCCUCAGGAUAGUUACCUGUAUAGGCACAACUACUGCUCCAAAGAUAAAGUCCCGAUUCGGAGAUAUGCGGAUGGGACCAUAGAUAUGGAAGAAGCCACGGAACCCACCAAGCCUGAGGGGUCUGGCGGUGAGAAAGGACCUUGCUGUAAAUGCCCAAAGACUGAAGCAGAGAAGCAGGCCGAAAAGGAGGAAGCGGAAUACCGGAAGGUCUUUGAGAAUUUCCUCCACAACGCCAUCUUUUUGCCCAGACCUGAUCGGAAGAGGAGGGAUUUGUUCCGAGUUGCAAACACAACGUUUGCCGGUAAGAACAGGACUGGGACCGCUCCAGAACACUUGAGCAACGGGACCGACGUGGAGGAGGGUGAGAUGGAGUUUCCCUUCUACGAAGCGAAAGUGGAGGGCAAGGAACGGACCCUCAUCUCCCAGCUCCUGCCUUUCACCCUUUAUCGGAUUGACAUCCACAGUUGCAAUCACGAAGCAGCACGCCUGGGCUGUAGCGCUUCAAAUUUUUUCUUCGCCCGGACGAUGCCUGCAGAAGGGGCUGAUAACAUUCCAGGAAGUGUAACCUGGGAAGGGAAGGAAGAAAACACCAUAUUCCUGAAAUGGCCCGAGCCGGGUAACCCCAAUGGGUUGGUUUUGAUGUAUGAAAUCAAAUAUGGACAAAAUGGAGAGGAAAAACGGGAAUGCGUUUCCAGGCAAGAAUAUAAGAAACUUGGUGGAGCCAAGCUGACACACUUGAACCCGGGGAAUUACACGGUUAGAGUGCAGGCCACUUCGCUAGCUGGAAACGGAUCCUGGACGGAGUCAAUCUCGUUCUACGUCCAACCUAAACCAGCAGACUAUGGAAACUUCCUGCAUCUGAUCAUUGUGCUCCCCAUUGCAGUCCUGCUGAUCAUCGGUGGGCUGCUGAUCAUGCUUUACGUCUGCAACAAGAAGAGGAACAGUGACAGGCUUGGAAAUGGAGUGCUGUACGCUUCUGUGAAUCCGGAAUAUUUCAGCGCUUCGGAUGUCUAUGUGCCAGAUGAAUGGGAAGUGCCCAGAGAAAAGAUUACGAUGUGUCGGGAACUCGGGCAAGGCUCCUUCGGCAUGGUCUACGAGGGAGUAGCCAAGGGGGUUGUAAAAGACGAGCCAGAAACCAGGGUGGCCAUCAAGACGGUCAACGAAUCGGCAAGCAUGAGAGAGCGGAUCGAGUUUCUGAACGAAGCUUCGGUGAUGAAGGAGUUCAACUGCCAUCACGUUGUUCGGCUUCUUGGAGUUGUCUCUCAAGGUCAACCCACCCUGGUCAUCAUGGAACUCAUGACGCGAGGAGAUCUGAAGAGUUACCUGCGGUCUCUUCGCCCAGACACGGAAAACAACCCCGUUCAGAGUCCUCCGCCUUUAAAGAAGAUGAUUCAGAUGGCUGGGGAGAUUGCAGAUGGCAUGGCCUAUCUCAACGCCAACAAGUUUGUCCACAGAGAUCUGGCUGCCAGGAACUGCAUGGUGGCAGAGGAUUUUACUGUGAAAAUCGGAGAUUUUGGCAUGACGAGAGAUAUCUAUGAGACUGAUUACUACCGGAAAGGUGGAAAGGGACUAUUGCCGGUCCGCUGGAUGUCCCCAGAAUCGCUGAAGGACGGCGUGUUCACAACCCACUCGGAUGUUUGGUCUUUCGGCGUUGUGUUAUGGGAAAUCGCCACCUUAGCAGAGCAGCCUUACCAAGGCAUGUCCAAUGAACAAGUUUUACGCUUUGUGAUGGAGGGAGGCCUCCUGGAGAAGCCAGACAACUGCCCAGACAUGCUCUUCGAACUGAUGCGCAUGUGCUGGCAGUAUAACCCCAAGAUGAGACCUUCUUUCCUGGAGAUCAUUGGCAGCAUCAAGGAUGAGCUGGACCCGGCCUUCAAAGAGGUCUCCUUCUUUUACAGCGACGAGAACAAGCCUCCCGACACGGAAGAACUAGAUUUGGAGACGGAGAACAUGGAGAGCAUUCCUUUAGAUCCUUCCUCGGCCCUCCAGCCUUCGGAUAAACACUCAGGACACAAAGCCGAGAACGGCCCAGGCGUGGUGGUCCUGCGGGCCAGCUUUGAGGAGAGGCAGUCCUACGCUCACAUGAACGGGGGACGCAAGAACGAACGGGCCUUGCCUUUACCCCAGUCUUCAGCCUGCUGACCUUGAGAAACAGGUGUUUUUUUUGGGUUUUUGUUUUUUUUUUGCAAAUGCAGAAAUAAGGGGUUGAGCUGGGAGGGAACGCGAGAGCAAGCCAACCAAGCGAGAAAAUAACAAUAUAUUCAAAAGCCGACUGUACCUCAGUGGAUCUUCAAGAACUGUCAUAACUGCACACAGGAGAAUCCUCUCUUCGAUUAGAAGUCGAAAUAACUUUUAUUUUUCCUUUUUUUUUAUUUUUAUUUUUGGUUUUUUGUUUCAAUAUGCAAGCAGGAGAUUGUUCCGAGCAACAGAACUCUGUACGCGCGGGGCACAGUCAGCCUUCUAAAACUUUUAAUAUUAACACUUAAUAGCAACAGAAAAAAACAACGAAACAAACAAACUUGAGAAUCUGAUGUGUGUCUCCCUUUCCUCUCCUUUCUUUCUGCUUCAUAAAUGGGAAACAUGUCCGUGUGAAGUUCAACUUGACACUUUUUUUUUUGUUUCUUAAAAUCGCACGGAAGGAAAAGGACAGGUCAACCAAUUCUCGGGCUUUCUUUGCGAGCGCCUGCCUGGCACUGUGGGAUGUUACAAAGACAGACAGAAAGAAUAAUAAUAAUAAAAAAAAAAAGACUGGAUUUUUUUUUUCUUAACUAUGAUUCCUUAAACUUUCUAGGAUCUCACGAAAGACGGAAGGGUCAUACUUUUUUCCAGCGCUGCCAAACUUUGCCAAAAAAAGGAAAAAAAAAAGAAGAAAAAAAAAGAGAACUUUCUUUUAGGGUUUUCCUUGUUUUGUUUUCUUUUGGUUUUUGUUUUUUCCCAAUCACACGCUCCAUUGAAACAAAAUACAGACCAAUACACUCCCCUAUCUAUCGUACACUGGCAUUUUUAGGAAAGUUUGACAAAAAUUAUUACUUUUUUUUUUUUUUGACUGGACGAAAAAAAAACCUGUUCUCUCUUUUUUUUAAAAAAAAAUUAAAAAAAAAACUCACACAAAAACCCAUGGUUGAGAACCUAAGGGAUGGGGUUGAAUUAGCAAACAGCCCAACACACAUCCCCCCCCCCGUUCAUUCUGGAUACAACUGGCAUUGAUGAGCGGCGCAAAAGGGCGAGGAAGGAGAUGCUUCUUGUGCAGAAAUUCAACACAGCCCUCCAGAAUGGAAAUGCAGACAGACAAAACAGGAAGCGUUGCCAUGAGUUGUUUCUUCUGGUCUUUUGGCAGGCUUGCAGCGGGGAAAAACUAAAUGAAAAAAAGAAAAAAAAGAAAAACUUAAGAGAAACACUAAAACGGGAGAAGAAUGGCAGUUAAACAGAUUCAGGCCUUCAACUCUUCAAUGACCUAUUUUCCCCCCUCUGUUAAUUAAGACUUCAAGGGGUCUUGCAGUUCUAUGUUAGACCAUGGCUCAUUUACAUACACAUUUGUCUUUUUGUGUCACUUUUAUAACUUUUUUACAGUUCAGAUACUCAUCUAUAUGUCUGUACAGAAAAAAAAAAGCUGCUAUUUUUUUGUUCUUUAUCUUUGUGGAUUUAAUCUAUGAAAAAGAAAAAAAAUCUUCAGGUCAACCCUCUUUUUUCCCCCCCAUCCCGUCCUUCCAUUUCCGAUGGAUUUCUUCCCUCAUGCUUUCUACUAUAUAAAGUUGGACCUUUCCACCUUCA